GAGCGCUUUGCUGCCGUCCGUUACUUUCCCCCCUUAGUUUAACACCUUUGAUUAACAAUGUCACACUCUCCUGCACAGAAGGGCAGUUCUCUGAACCUGGUGCUGAUGGUUCUCGCCGCAGGCACAGGAGGAACUCUUCAGUACGGCUACAACCUCGCUAUUAUGAAUGCACCUGCAACUUUUAUUCAGACGUUUGUCAACGCGACAGUCCUGGAGCGCUGGGACAUCCAGUUGCAGGACUACCAAGUGACGCUGGUGUGGACAAUCAUCGUCUCCAUCUUCUCACUGGGGGGAUUCGCUGGGGCUCUUAUUGCAGGACCUAUGACCAUACGCUUUGGGAGGAAGAAAUGCCUGCUGCUGAACAACAUUUUCCUCAUGGCUGGCGCGCUCUUAGCCGUGACGAGCAGAGCCGCCAAAUCUUUUGAGAUGAUCAUCAUCUCACGUGUCCUCGUUGGAAUAAAUUGUGGAAUCAGCAUGAACGUGCAGCCCAUGUACUUUGGAGAAAGUGCACCAAAGCACCUGCGGGGGGCUGCCUCACUGUCGUCGGCUGUUUUCGCCGCUUUUGGUGUCAUGUUGGGACAAGUGGUGGGAAUCAAAGAGGUUUUGGGUAGUGAGCCGUGUUGGGAGUACCUUCUUGCCAGUAACGCCAUCCCUGGCCUCAUUCAGCUCCUGACCUUGCCGUGGUUUCCAGAAAGUCCCAGAUACCUGCUCAUUGACAAGGGCGACAAGGAGGCUUGUAUUAAAGCUCUGCGGUGUCUGCGUGGCUGUGAAGUCCAGAGCAGUGAGCUGAAUGAAAUUCUGCAGGAACAGGCAGAAACCAAAGGCAUGAGGCCAAGAAGACCCUGGGAGCUUUUCAGUGAUCGCUCUGUUCGCUGGCAGCUCAUCUCUGUCAUGAUCAUCAGCAGUGCCAUGCAGCUCUGUGGCAAUGACUCGAUUUAUUUCUAUGCGUCGUACGUGUUUAAAGAAGCCGGAAUAGCCGAUGAUAAAAUCCAGUAUAUCACCAUCGGCACCGGCUCGUGUGAAUUAACAGCGUGUAUAAUGUGUAGUCUGCUGGUUGAAUACAAAGGUCGCAGGUUCAUGUUGAUGGGAGGGUUCAUCCUCAUGACGGUCUGGGCCGUUGUUUUCACACUCGCACUUUCUUUUCAGAACUCCAUAUCCUGGAUGUCGUACCUGAGCAUGACCUGCAUCUUCACCUACAUUCUCAGCUUUGGCAUGGGACCAGCUGGAGUGACGGGCAUUCUGCCCACAGAGAUCUUCAAUCAGGCCGCUCGGCCGGCUGCCUACAUGAUUGCCGGCUCCAUGAUGUGGAUCAACCUCUUCAUCACCGGAAUGGUUUUCCCAUUCCUCGUGAGCGAGCUGAAGCAGUACUGUUUUGUGCCUUUCGCAGUGGUCUGCCUGUUAUCCACGCUCUACGUCGGCCUGUUUCUGCCCGAGACCAAGGGGAAGUCUCUGUCGGUCAUCACAAGUGAAUUCCACAAGCUCAACUUCAAAGGCCAGGACCAAAAGUGUCCAGACUCUCAGACUGAAGCUCAGUAUCAGCUGGGUGAAGUUAGUCUUUCCACGGCCAUCUAGAGAUCAUGUGUCUUCUCCUGACCCUGACCCUGACCCUGGAAGAAGUCAUCGUCAGUCAGGCGGUGUCACUGGAUUAUUCACUUUCAUAU